AUGCCGCCACAAGAUGGAGAAGCUUCGCAGCACUACCGCUCAGACAAGAAACGCUCGUCUCUCGCCCUUUGGCCUUACUUCAACCUCAUGGAUCGGAUGGAACUUGGGCCAUUCCCCAUUGCUGUCAUUCUCAUCUCCACCAUCGAUCUGCAUAGUAUUAGAGUCGAUGACGAUGAAGACUACGACGAUGAUGAUGAAAUUAAUAAAUCUCGAAGCAUCAAUCACAUACUUCGCCGACCACCAAUGGCCUCACUGUAUCCUCCGCAGUGGAAUGAUGGUGGUGGUGGUGGUGGUGGAGUAGCAGGGUCUCCUGGGAUUUGUAGGGUUUUGAGAAAUCCGGUGUUUCGCAAGAGAAAGUCGUUCGAGAUGGAUGAGGUGGUGGAGGAGGAAGAGGGAGUUGACCCGAUUUCAAAAUUUGCUUCGGUGGUUAGAACAUUUGGGAAAGGGUUUGUUCGGGUAGAGAAUAUGAAGAUGGAGAUGAUUAUCAAAUCACAACGACGGAUCUUGGAUUCCAUUGCCAAAGCCCUUGGCUCUUAG